UUUGCACAUAACUGUCUCUCUUUCUCUCUUUCUCUCUCUCUCUCUCUCUCUCUCCAUAGGUCUUCUCUUUUUUACUCUUCUUACUAUUUGUGGUUGCAGGAACAGUGAACCUUCGCACCUAAUAUAAUGCUAGACAUACCCUCUCAAACUGCUUCACAUCUCUUCCCCUACCUUCCUUUUUAUCUUCCAUUGACUGAUUUUGAUUUGCCUAUAAACUUUUGCUUCCUCUUGCUUCUCUCUCUCCUACCUGCCUCUGAAUCAUCAUUAUCAUUUUUUCGAUCGCAUUAAACUCAUCACCUUGCCUUUAUUAUAGCUUGAGUACUUCCAGUUUUCCUCAGCUCUCACAUAAUGGAUUAUCAGCCUAAUACUUCUCUUCGUCUAAGCCUACCCAGCAGUCAACUCAACCUAGAACUUGUCCUUGAGCCAUCAUCUUCUUCCUCAUCGCCCCAUAGUCCAGCCGAACCUCGAAUUUUCUCUUGUAACUAUUGCCAAAGGAAGUUCUAUAGUUCACAAGCACUUGGAGGCCAUCAAAAUGCCCACAAACUAGAACGAACACUUGCCAAGAAAAGCAGAGAGCUAAACUCAGCUGUUCGGACUCAUGGGGAUCGAAUUUCCCGAUCAGGAUCCAGCAGCGCCAGUGGUUCGGAACAUGCUCAACGUAUGCUGUCACCAAUCGCCCCGUUUGAACAACAUGGUCGAGCUGGAAAGUUUUCUGGAGAAAUUAGCUAUGGAAGGACAGACAUCCACUAUGGUUCUAGAGAAGGGAUUGCUUCUUGGUCCAAGGGAUACAGGCCUGAAAAUGUUCAGGAGGAGUUUAGCCAGCUUGACUUAUCUUUAAGGCUUUGAAGUUUGAAAUUGUACUCUUGUUUGGAAUUGUAGUGUCGUUAUAUUUUUUGCGAUACGCUUAUAUGUUUG